AUGGCUACCAACAUGUUUCAUCUUUACUUGAACAGCUCCACUGGCAUUCCAUUUCCAUUCUCGACGAUUUACUAUCGUAGCUACGAGUCUGGUCACGUGUCUGAGAUUCUUGAAAGCUCCGCACAUAAUCGUAAAGAUAAAGAUCGUGUAAUGGAGUGUGUCAAUCGGUCUUCAAGCAUCGUUCUUGUUAAAUCUUUCAAGGAGAUCGAAGGUAAGUACAAUGAUUACCUUUCUGUUCUUACUGGUAAAAAGAUUGUGCCUGUAGGUCCACUCGUUGCAGACCCGUCUCCCGUAGAGGACAAGAAACAAAAGCAGGUGAUGCAGUGGCUUGACACAAAAGCCAUUGGAUCCACUGUUUUCGUUUCUUUCGGGAGCGAAUAUGACGAAAACAUUUUUUACAUGAAACGAAAAUACCACUUCUAG